GAACGCCCGUGACCCGUGACCUUCCUCUAAGGGCUUUCAUUCUGCGCAAGCGCAGAACACGCGCUGCGAGCACAGUAGAGCCAAGAUGGCGGCGGUUGUGGAGAAUGUUGUCAAGCUGCUUUAGCUAGCCUGUGCUCUCUCUGGGGCUCUUAGUGGUUGCCUGGGUGACGGGCGGCAGCGGCACCUGCUAAGUGGCUGGAGUGAGAGAGUUACAGUGACUGAGCUGCAUGCCUGCAAGACCUCCUGCUGCAUACAAACACUCACGGGCGGGUAAGCUGAACAGGGUUGAGCUGGUUUCAGGGUGGCACUGGUAGGGUGUGUGUUAUUGACACACUAUCGCUUAUGCCCAACAGAAGAUGGCUUCUCUAGACUCUGUGCUGGGCGAGCAGUAUUACAGGGAUGCUAUGGAGCAGUGUCACAACUAUAAUGCCCGUCUGUGCGCAGAAAGGAGCGUGAGGAUGCCUUUCCUCGACUCUCAGACGGGUGUCGCCCAGAGCAACUGCUACUUCUGGAUGGAGAAACGACACAGAGGACCAGGUGUUGCCCCAGGUCAGUUGUACACUUAUCCAGCACGACGCUGGAGAAAGAAGAGGAGAGCUCACCCUCCAGAGGACCCUCGUCUAGCCUUCCCAUCUCUAAAAACCGAGCUGGAUCUGGGGCUUAAGAAGGACGUUUUCUCCAGUGAUGGCAGCAGCUUAGAGGCCCUUCUGAAAGGAGAGCCGCUGGAUAAAAGGUCUGGAUUGGAGCUCCGCACAGGGGGGGAGGAGGAACCCAGCUCUACAGAGUUCUCCACGGGGGCACUAAACCCCAGCAGCAGGGUCCGUAAGAGAAUUUUGGAGCCAGAUGAUUUUUUAGAUGAUCUGGACGAUGAAGAUUAUGAGGAAGAUACUCCAAAGAGAAGGGGAAAAGGCAAGGGAAAGGGGCGUGGUGUCAGCAGUGCUCGGAAGAAGUUGGAAGCAGCAGCGGCUUUGGAAGACCGGGACAGACCAUACGCCUGUGACAACACUUUCAAACAAAAGCAUAUUUCAAAAUCUUCUGAAAGAGUCUGUGGGAAGCGCUAUAAGAACAGGCCUGGUCUCAGUUAUCAUUACGCCCAUUCUCACUUGGCCGAGGAGGAGGGGGAGGAGAAAGAUGAGAUGGAAAUUCGCGAACCAACUCCACCCCAACAGGACGAACCAAAGACUCCAAAGAAGGGCCCAGAUGGUUUGGCUCUGCCGAACAACUACUGUGAUUUCUGUUUGGGAGAUUCAAACCUGAACCAGAAAACUGGCCAAUCAGAAGAGCUUGUGUCCUGCUCAGACUGUGGUCGUUCUGGUCACCCUUCAUGUCUGCAGUUCACUCCAGUGAUGAUGGCUGCUGUGAAAACCUAUCGCUGGCAGUGCAUUGAAUGCAAGUGCUGUAACAUGUGUGGAACAUCAGAAAAUGAUGACCAGCUGUUGUUCUGUGAUGACUGUGACCGAGGUUAUCACAUGUACUGCCUCUCACCCCCUAUGUCUGAACCUCCUGAAGGAAGUUGGAGUUGUCAUCUGUGUUUGGCCCUCCUGAAAGAGAAGGCCUCCAUAUACCAGAACCAGAAUGCACCGCCCUCGUGAUGGUCCUUUUGGAAAGACGGAUCCUCAAUCUCAUAGUUCCUUCCAAGAUUUGUUUGUUUGAUUUAAGCAAACAAAAGGGGUCGAACAGAAGUUGUAGUGGAACAGAAAAGGGACGACCACCUUGCCCAGGCCCGCAGACGCAAAUAGCGGGAGAGAAAGAGAGAGGGAGUGAGAAAAAGAGUAGCUUCCGUCUCUUAUUCCUCAUUCACAUCUCAGCAGGUUUGAUCUCAGUAUGACUGUUACACAGUUCCAAGUUUCAAACUACCCCUGCUCUUUGUUUUCAACUAUUGCCCCCCCACCCCACAACUAACACAAUACCUCCAUACCAAACACAAACUCUCCUGACCCUUUCAGCAGUGCAUACUUGGAGGAAGUCACUAUGAGAAUAUUAUGACUCUGUUUUGGAGUUCCUGCUCAUAUUAGACCUGAUAUUUCCACCCAUUUCUGCAGACACUGUUCAACAGAAAACCAAUAAUAAAAUGCAGUUUAUAUCAGCCAAAAUAAAUAUUGCAUACU